GUCAUCUCAGUGUUAAAGGCGCUGGAUAAGACCAUCACAUGGGCCGGUACAUCCGUAUUCCCCUGACGUUCUCUAUAAUUAGAUCUUUUCCGAGAUCUUAAACACACAUAAAGAGAUUUUGUUGUGAAGAGUGUCUCAUCAUUUGGUGUAGAGACAGGUGUUUUUACAUCGUGAAACAUCUCUCAUCAAACUAAAUCAAGAUGGCAGCUGGCGUACGACAAGGACAGCUACUCCUUUUGUUGGUAUUAGUAUGUUUUUCUACACAAAUAGCUGCCCAGGAACAACAAGCUCUUAUGUGCAGUCAGUUCAAGAGAUGCUUUACCAUGUCCCCCGUGUGCGUCUUCCUGUUCUAUUAUUACAAGUGUACAGAGGAUCUCAUCACACGUAAAAACGAUCCUCCUUGUGGCGAAAGUUCAAAGACAGGCAGCGCGUCUCGCUAUGCUAUGCCCCGAAUUGUUGGAGGCAUUGAUGCCGAAGAGAGGGAGUUCCCCUGGACAGUCUAUCUGGAAGAAACGGUCACCUUAAGAUUGUGCGCCGGUUCCAUAAUUGAUAGACGUCACGUUGUGACUGCCGCGCAUUGUGUGAGAUCCCUUGCAGACAACCCUCAAAGGCUGACUGUAGGUUAUGGUUCCAUCAAAAGAACUAGCCUCGUUAACAUAACUGCCGAGAGAAUCGACACCCACCCACUAUACAACAUAACGAACAAGGACAAUGAUAUCGCCAUUGUGAGGCUCAGUAAGGAUCUCCCUCUGACUGCCUCUACAAAUUUAAGAAGUGUGUGUCUACCUGAGCCGAGCACUUCCUACUCAACAGGCUCUGGUUGCCUCAUCACAGGAUGGGGGACUCAGCUAGAUGGCGGUUUCACAUUUCCUGAUAUUCUACAGAAGGCAUACGUACCUUUGGUUCCCCUUGACCUAUGUCAAAGGUCAUAUGCAGACAACGACUACAUUCUAGUGUCCAACAGGCAGUUGUGCGCUGGGUACUACAGAGACGGGGGAGUAGAUGCUUGCAAGGGAGACUCUGGUGGACCCCUAUUUUGCCCGGAAGGAGAUAAAUGGGUUUUGUACGGCGUGGUAUCAGUGGCAGAAGGAUGUGCUAAACCAGGCUUUCCAGGAGUGUAUGCCUUCGUACCUCAGCAUGUCGAGUGGAUAAACUCAAUUAGGGUUUAAUAAUACAUAUAGAAGUUAACGUGUGACCGACAGAGAAUAUCUGUCUUGUUGAAUAAACUGAGAGUUGAUGUUCAUGAAAUAAAAUGUUCGCGAAACAAGUUUAUUUUCUUCUGAAGUCCUAGGAUCUCUAACGUUUUUUUGUAUAAUCUUCUUGUUAAAAAAGGUCUUGUUCUUUGAAUGUCCACAUAUGCUUUUUUCUCUGUAUUACCUGAAUAAAUCACAUUGAAGCAA